AAUACAAAGGAAAACUACUCACAAGAAAGCAAUAUUAGAGUUAAAAUUGAACCUUCUUUAAUGGAGGACUUAAUUGUACAUCUAUCUGUGUUCUAUAAAUCAACCAAUAUCGAUACGAAAUAUGAGA